AAAUGACAAAACUACUUUAAAUAUAGCAAAUGGGAUCAGUGUGUUUCAAUUAGUAAAUCAAAAUGGUUUCAUCACAUCAUAACAGAGAAUGCAGAUCUCUUCUUAGUCAAUAUGAUCCAUAUCUCUUGGACAUCUAUAAAACUGAAAUGGCGUACGGGAUAGACAGAUUUUUCUUAUUAUCAUAUUGUCUAGCUUGUUGCUGGUCAGGACUAGGGGCUAAGGAUCUCAGGAUCGUCAAACAGUGGGCGGAGUUAGACUUUGUAUUCCCUAGUGAGGCCGCCCGAGCAACAGCUUUAGCAAAUCGCUACUUUAUACCUGGAAAUUCGAUUCCGAUUGAUGUCGACGUUCAACAUAGAAAAGGGCCAGCCAAAUCUCGAAUUUUCGUGGCAAUACCGAGGUUCGACGAAGGUCGCCCCGUGACAUUAGGUACAGUUGAGGAUGAUGGUUUGAUAAGAGGCUACCCAGAUUAUUCUUGGCAUGACAAUCAAGGAAGCAAUUGUGAUGGAAUGACGUCUGUUUUCAGAGUAGCUACAGACAGAUGUAAUCGAAUGUGGGUAAUGGACACGGGAAAAAUAGGAGAAAACGCAGUUUGUCCCCCACAACUACUGGCCUUCGAUCUAAACACUGACCAGCUCAUAUACCGACAUCGUCCAAAUAAUUCGAGCUAUAUCGCCACUUCGUUAUUUAUCACUCCAGUAGUUGACGUCCGAGGCGUAACACCAAGUGACUGCUCUGAUACAUUUGUGUACGUGGCUGACGUAUCUGGGUUUGGUUUGUUAGUGGUCGACGUGCUACGAGACCGCUCGUGGAGAAUGACGAGCAAGAACAUGUAUCCUUAUCCUUCAUAUGGAACCUUCACUAUUGACGGGGAAAGUUUCGACCUCAUGGACGGUAUAUUGGGUAUGGCGCUGUCUCCAUACAUAAUUGGAAAUGAUCGGUUUCUCUACUUCCACGCGCUAGCUUCUGCAACGGAGAAUGUAGUCCGAACAAGCGUGCUCAGAAAUGACUCCUUCAUCAAUGAUUCUAACGCUGAUCCCCAGUCCAUAAAUGAAUUUCCUAAAGAGCGGCCGAACCAAUCAGCAGCAGAAGCAAUGGACAGCAAUGGCAUUUUAUACUUUGGUUUGAUGGAACCUCCCGGUAUCUGGUGUUGGAAUUCCGGCACAGAAUUCUCUAAGCACAAUUUCCAUCAAAUCGCAAUCAACAAAGAAACUUUACAAUUUUCUAGUGGUAUGAAAGUUAUCAAAAAUAUGAAAGGAGAAGAAGAACUUUGGGUACUUACAUCGAGUUUUCAAAGAGUAAUGACAGGAUCGAUCACUUCAGAUAGAAUCAAUUUCAGAAUUCACGCUGAGAAAAUCCCAGUACUUUUAGAAAACUCACCAUGCAAGCACCCCUCAAAGGGCGACUACAUUGGUAAAUACGCCGAUCGUAUAUUACCUUACCAUAAAAAGCGUAUAUAUAAAUAUGGUGCUGUCGCCUUUCUAUAAAAGUCAAAGAAUAUUAUAAUAUUAUUAGAAUUACGUGGUAUAAUUGGCCAUAAUUAAUUAUCAUGAAAGUUUGUUAUAAGUAUUAUUAUUAAAUAAAUUAUUUCCUAUUUA